AUGUCUCUGGAUGGAAAAGUAGCCCUGGUUACCGGCGCCGGCCGUGGUAUGGGUCGCGCUACCGCUUUGGCCCUGGCCGCCGACGGCGCAGAUGUGGCUGUGACCGACAUCAUGGCCGACAAUGUAGAAGAAACGGCAACGGACGUUCGGGCCGCUGGCCGCAACAGCGUAGCCAUCGCCGCCGAUAUCGGGGAUGGCGACAACAUCGACCGGGUUAUCGCCGACACGGUGAGCGCCUUGGGGCACAUCGACAUACUGGUUAACAACGCCGGCGUAACCCGCUUCCUGGACAUUAUGGACAUUACCGAAGCUGACUGGGAUCGCAUUCACCGUGUGAACGCGCGAGGCGCAUUUUUCGUGAUGCAGAAAACCGCCCGACAGAUGAUUGCGCAAGGUAGCGGAGGACGCAUCGUCAACAUCGCCUCAAUCGCCGGCAAGGGCUACUCUGGCACGUCCAACGCAGCCUAUGCCGCCAGUAAGGGCGCGGUAAUAUCCAUGACGUUGAUCGCCGCCCAUCAACUGGCGCGCCACGACAUCAACGUGAACGCCAUCUGUCCCGGCUCGACCAUUACAGCGAUGGCCACCGCGACGAUGGAGCAGCGUGCCGCCGAACGGGGCAUAUCGGUGGCAGAACUGCAAGCCCAACGGGCAACCAACAUACCCAUUGGCCGCGCCAACGAUCCGGAAGACAUUGCGGCAAUGGCUGCCUUCCUGGCCAGUCCGGGCGCGCGCAACAUCACCGGACAAACUAUCAACGUGGAUGGUGGGCUGGUGAUGCACUAG